AACAUCAUUAAGAGUUUUAAAUUAAAAAUUCCAUGUAGCGUUUGGAUAACCUGGUAAGAUUUCCUGUUCAUAAUCAUAACCUGCUGGUUUUUUAAUCAUCUCAUCCUCUACCUCAGCCAUGACAUUGGGCUGCUGGGUACCUUAAAUUUCUUACUUAUAGUGUUGAGUUACAUGAGGUAGGAACUUGAUACAGAAGGUUGGGAAGAUGAGAUCUCUGGAUAACAGCAGACUGGAUCUGUUACUCUGCCACUGACUCAGGUUGCACCAGAAGGGAGAAAAAUGUCACCUUGUGUCAUCCUUGUCUGAUAAAACUUUGUAGUGGCAACAAGUGUAAGAACAGGUUCUUCCUUUUUGGCACGUUUUCACUACAUGAACCAGUGUCUGAUUUCAUUGAUCAGUGAGAUGAUAGCUUUCAGGCUUUGUGUAAACCUGCACUUCUAAAACACAGAUGUGGGACUACAAAAUUAACUUACUGUUUAAGUCUGUGAGGUUUUGGCUUUGAAGUUCUUUCCAUAGGUGGAAGUGCAGCUUUAUCAGUGCCACAGUGCCCAGCCACCAAGCAAGCCAACUGUUCAUGGCACAGCCUGCCCAGCAGGACUACCCACACUGGCACUACACACUCCUGCCUGAAUGCUGGGAUUUCACAGCUGUAUUAAUCUCUGCAAAUUGAGGCUUGAUCAGCCGUCUCCACAAAGGAUUGAUUUCUUAUGACAGAAAUAGUUUUUAAGAAUUAGAAUUGAAAAGGGCUGCUGCCCACACAGCCAUAUUUUCCCCAAGGUUACGUCUUCGUAGGAAUGUCAUCGGAAGGGUUUGGACUAGAUGGAAAACACGCAAGGUCUUUCUCCUCAGAACUAAAGGUCUUUGUCCUCAGAACUAGAAGCAGUGACUGUGUGGCCUGUCACAAUGACUCAGACUUGAAAGGCAGAUUCAUACUGCCUUUGACAUUCCUACUAGGCAACAACAACCGUGUUAAUUUCGGAUGGAAAAUUGCAAUUUAUGUGAGCUAUGUUUGGCCUAAAGCUGAUUUCAAGAGUACUGUAAAUUCAGGUAAAGCACUUCAUGAGACUCAUGGAAUGAUGUCCUUACAAUGGCUCCUUGCUUUUAUAAUUUGGUGGAUGCCUUUCCUUGUGUAGUUUCUCUGAGGUGAAAUUAGCUCAGCCUAAGGCUGGACUUCCUGUUGCUCUUUGUGGUGAUCUCAGCUCAAGUCACACCUUCAGUUUUGUCCCAAGGGAAAAAUAAAGUGAAAUCUCACAUCCCUCCUGAAAGAAAGUGGGAAGGAUAGAUGAUGCUGAUGUCUAGUAAUGAUGAAGUAUUUUUAAGAUAAAUAUUAAUUUACAAGAAGUCUAAAAGUUAAAGUUCACUACAUUUUGGCUGAUGUGAUGUUUAGAAUAAAAGCAUGUCAGGGAUGCUUAAAACAAGACAACUACCCAUGCCUCUGCCUUUUCUUAAGUAAUAUAAUUCACUGGAAAUCCCUCAAUGCUUUGGACAUAUUGAAAUGGUUGACCUUUCCAGGAUGGUUUCUCUCCAGUCUCAUUCCUUUUAUUCUACAGAGCUGGUACGGUGGAGGGUGGGAAGGGGGUGGAAUAUGAAAAACUCAGAUGAAGACUUCUUUCAUGCCCAUCACACAGGUGAAAGGAACAGUUUCACUCCUAGAAAAACCAGAUUCUUGACUGCUAGAGAGAAAAACAGCCAAUUAUUUUUUAUUCAGGAAAGAAUGAAUUAUUUGUUUACCUUAUUCACUAAGAAACAGAACUUUGUUACAAAACUCCUUAUGAAUAACUAUCACUUAAAGACACAUAAAAUGCUAUCCAGAAUGAUCUAACACUGGCUGGUGGUAGCCUCUAAUUAAAAAAAGGCUGUAAGUCCUUCCUUUAACACCUUCUUCCACUGACUUGUCAUUUAGAUAUUUGCUAAUGUUAAUCAACACAGUUAUAAACUUCACUAAAUUAUUUUUCAUUAGUCGUCCCAGCAAUACUACAAUUUUCAGCUCAAAAGCUUCGGCUUGUGUCUGUAACUGAGCAAGGAAGUGGAUCUCCAGUGGUGAGAGGUGCUGAGGAGUUUGCAGGACCUGUGUAAGAGUACAGCACUUUGGAUGCUGCUACAAAGGCCAAACACACAUUGGCAUCUUCUCUGGAAAUGCUCAGGAAGGCAGCCAAGGAGUGUGAGCAGGAGAAAUCCCCCCAGGCCGUUUGCUCUUGGGGAGGAUUUGCUCCUGCAUACAGAUGAGGACAUCAAGUUCCUUUAGUUUCAACCUACUUACUGUCUUGAGGGAUUGCACCUGGAUCCCAGAGGCUUGCCAGGCAGGGAACAGUAUUGGUUGCUAAAUGAGCAGCACAGCACUAACCCCUUCUGGCUCCCACCCACUGAGGGGCUCCGUGGUACAUGGUUCCAUAACUUGAACUGGAGGCUACUGCCUGCAUGUAAACAGGUACCCUGACUUGCUGCAGAGGGGAUGAAGACACACAUUACAAAGAAUUUAUUAAGAGAGCUGGAGAGCUUUUGGUACUAAAGCAGCAGGAGUGAAGCAAUGUGGCACAAAAGGAAUACAGGGAAGGUGCCAAGUACAGAAAACACAGAGGGUUCCAAGAUGAAGUAAUGAGAAGUACUGAGAAAGUGUAAGAAGGGGAGAAAGAAACUGCAGGAGAAGUGACAAAUACGAAGUAAAACCUCUAUGAUAUAUAGAGUAUGUUAUAUAAGGGAAAAAUUUGAAUUUGAUGAGAUUAUGUAAAGCGAAGGAUUUCUUCAACAGCUUAAUUUAUUCAUCUGCACUUUACCCCACUUUCUUAUCUUAAGAAAGUCCAAAGAAAGCUGCACAAGCAAAAAACUUCACAAACCAAGCCUAGAUUUCCAUUCUCUGUGAUGGAUGCCAGCUCUUAACGCAAAAAGGCGUGCACCACACAACGCAAACACCUCUGGUGGGAUAUUUGAGCUGAUAAUGAUUAUUUCUCAUAGGGCAGCAAUUUAGACAAAGUACAGUGCAAAGGGCUGAACACAAAACAACACCGCGCUCUAACAAGCAGCUUAAGGAUUUUUCCAGCCCCAAUAACAGAGAGAGUUUGGACUUUUCUGCCCAGCUGCCAGCAGCCGUGUGCUGCGAGCACUGAGCGGGCUGCAGGGGGUUAAGGAUGAGCACGCAGCUCGCUGUGCAGGCAUUGCAGAGCCCCUGCGAGGUGCAGGCUGCCGUGGGCAGGGAUGGCAGGGGCAGGAGCUCAGGAAAACACGCUGGAGCCAUGAAUCAAAGGCGGUCAUGUGACGGAGGGGAGGCGCUGGGCUGGCUCCCAGCCAGUGGCAGGAGCUGAUGGGUGGAACGAACCGGGCAGAAAAAGACUAAUAUGACUAACGGAGCCUGGAUGCGUGGUACCUCCGUUCGGAUCUACGGGAAUGUAGGCUCCAGCAGUUCUGCAGCUCCACCAGCCUCUUGCCCGACACUGGAACUGCUGCUCAUAAAGUAGAAUCCUGCUGCUCUUUGGUAGGAAGGAUAGAGAAAGAACAUGGCCUGCAUUCUGAAGAGAAAGUCCAUUGUUGCUGUGAGUUUCAUUGCUGCAUUCCUCUGUCUGAUCAUCGUUCGUCUCACAAAUGAAGUAACUUUCCCUUUGAUCCUAAACUGCUUUGGACAAACCAGAGUCAAGUGGAUCCCAUUUUCUAAUGGCCAAAGGCAGCCUCUGAAAACUCAUUAUGGAUAUAUAAAUGUAAAAACACAAGAGCCUCUACAACUUGACUGUGACCUCUGUGCCAUUGUUUCAAACUCGGGACAGAUGGCUGGCCAGAGGGUGGGCACCGAGAUAGACAAGUCCUCCUGCAUAUGGAGGAUGAACAAUGCUCCCACAAAGGGCUAUGAGGAAGAUGUUGGGAAGAGGACAACUGUCAGAGUGGUCUCUCACACAAGCGUGCCUCUCCUGCUCAAGAAUCCGGAGUACUUUUUCAAGGAAACCAACAACACAGUUUAUGUGAUCUGGGGUCCUUUUCGAAACAUGAGGAGGGAUGGAAAUGGCAUUGUGUACAACAUGCUGAAGAAGACUGUUGACAGCUACCCAACUGCCAAAAUCUACGUGACGACAGAGAAGCGCAUGAGUUACUGCGAUGCGAUAUUUAAGAAGGAGACUGGAAAAGACCGAGUCCAGUCAGGUUCGUAUCUCAGCACGGGUUGGUUUACCUUAAUUUUGGCUAUGGAUGCCUGCUAUGGAAUUCACGUCUAUGGGAUGAUAAAUGACACCUACUGCAAGUCAGAAGGCUUUCGUAAAGUUCCCUACCACUAUUAUGAGCCAGGAAGAGAUGAAUGUGAGGAAUACUUUCUCCAUGAAAAUGCUCCAUAUGGAGGCCACAGGUUUAUCACAGAAAAGAAAGUAUUUGCUAAGUGGGCCAAGAAGCACACAAUAAUAUUUACUCAUCCCAACUGGACAGUGUCUUGAUACUGGUUUACUUAACUCUCCCUUAACAGCAUAUUACAAAAAUGUCUCAGUUUACAAAAGUUUUGCUUACAUAUGGCUGGCCUUUCUCAGCCUAGGUAACACUAAACUAAAAACCAGAAGACAAGGAGGGUGUUGGUUCAGCUGUUAAGCAAAAUUAAUCAUCUGUGGAAGGCAGACACAUUGUUUGUUAUUUCUUAGGGUUUUAAUCCACACUAUGCACUUUAUACUUUUAACUGGAUUUUAUUUCAAGACAGGAGCAGUUAAAGACAGAUGAGAUUUCCUGUAUAUACAGGUACACACAGGGAACAUGGUGGUCCUUUGAACAUUGUCCAUCAUCUCAGAUAUUUAAAAUUAUUAUUUGUAGCUCAUUUGCUCUACUGAAGCACUAGUUCCAUUUGUGGUAUCAGUAGAAAUUUUUGGCAAGAGAAAUGUGAGGAAAAAUACAGACCUCCAAGGUCCACGAGUGAAUAAAUUUUAAAAAACACCUGAAUAUAUUGAUACACAAUAUAUUGUGAGCACUUGCAUAUAUGGUAAAAUUAGAGAUGAGCUAAGCAUGGUUCUUGAACUGUACCCAACUCUCGAGAGAAGAUACUACCUGCUCAAGAUUCCUGAUUAAUUCAUAACUUCUGAAAUGCAGCUUCCUUCCAUCCUGGUCAGUCUGCACCACCUGGGACUAUGUAGUUUGUGCUUUUUGAAGCUGUUGUCCCACAGUUCAGCUCCAACAGAAUGGCACUUGGCAAAAAAGAUUGUGUUUUGCUGCCCAUGAUGAAGCUUUGGCUGUUUUACCAAGCCUACUGUCAGUACCCAAGCUGGUGAGUUUAAAGUUGUCUCAUGAAUAUCUCAAUUUACUCCAGCUGUGCAUUUGACUUGCUCCAACAUCCAAAUAACAGUAUUUUGACAGUAUUUCUCAUGCAGCCAUCAUAAUUUAUUUUAGAUCUCCAGUUUCUCCAUCUUUAAAAACAAGGAUAGUGUCUAUCUACCUCACAAGGGAGUUGUGAGGACUAAUUUAAUUUAAUUUAAAGCACUUUCCUGAUGCAGAAUGCUCCAUAUCAUUUAUUCUUAUCACAAAAACAAUGGUACCUGUCAUUUAUUCUUGUCUGUUGGGUAUUUGAAGAAAGUGACAGUGUGUCUGGCUAUGAUGGCAAAUUGUUCUGUGCAUCCGCUUUCCUACUGAGGAUAAUUUGCAAUACUGAGUUCUAUCAGCUUGCGUUGCUUCAGAUGAAGUUGAAAGAACUCCCCAUCUCACAGUAUUAACUGCACAUUAAAAGGCAGUUCAAGAAUCUUAAAAUAUACUCAUCUCUAGUUUAAGUAUGUAUUUUAAAGCUUACUGUCAUGGAAAGUUUUCAACUACAGCAGACUCAUUUGUGACAUGACCAUAAUUCAACUACACAUGUGAGUUUUAUUUGAACUGUAUUUAAACUAAUGCUUUAAGUUUAGAAUGUGUCCUAUGAAUAUCUUAACAUCUGGAAUGUCAGACUCAACACUGUAAUAGCCAAUACUGUGAACACUUGAAGGAAUUAUGUGUGGAACAUGUCACACAGGGUUUACUCACACUACUUAAACAUUAACCAACAGGAAACUUUGUAUGCUUCUGUAAAUCAAGAAAAGGGGAAAGUAAAAAGCUAUUUUUACAUGUAAGUAUUUGUAUACUGACUAUUUCCUAUUGUAUAUUUGUAUAUAUAAAUCUAUAUUUUAUAUGUUCAUUGCAUAUAUAUUCUUCAUCAACAGCUCCAACUCAUAGGAUAGGGAGGAAAUCUCUUCACCAGUAUUCCUCCUCCUGAUCAUUGGUUUCUUGUUCCUGUUGGUAGGUGAUUCCAAGGUGUCAUCUCUGUUGCCCCUUCUAUUUUCUACCAGAAAUGAAGUUCUCUGAUUUUAUUUUUUAAUAUAGCUCAGCUUUCACUGCUUACUUUAGUACUCUCUUCUGGUUGUCAGACAAAGGCUGGGGCCAUGCUUAUGGUCUUGGAUUAAGAUCUAUAUUCAAACACAGGCUUUGUCGCAGAUUUCUGGCAUAACCUUCCUGUUUGGAAAAGGAGAACAAUAGUAUUUUCCUACUUCCUUUCUUGACUGACUUUUUUGAAAGCUGUUGAGAUCAGUAUUCCCAUUUUCAAUUCAUUUGUAUAAUGCUUUGAAGAAAAGGUACCCAAAGUGUCUGAAAAUUACAGGCAAUGCUGUGAUAUACCAGUAAUUAAAAUUGGCUGUUUCUUGUCCAUGGAGUUUAAAAUCAGCUGUAGACUGAUACAACAUGGGAUGAAAUCAAAAGGGGAAAAAGGGUCAUGGCUGGAUGAAGAGCUGUAGUAACAAAACCAGAUUUAUCACCAUAUGCAUCUUUUCAGUUCAGAUGGGUGGCUGGAUAUAUGGAAUGCUAAUAAAAAAUUGUAAGGCAGGAUUUGAAACACGCAGGACAUGCAGAAUUAGGAAGAAUGUUCCACACAUAUUUUACAGGACAGCCUAGGAAAUCUAAUCAUUCCCUUCAGAGAAGAGGAACUGAGAAGAAGAACAUCAGGCCAACUGAACUUCUAUUUAGAAGGUUUUUGGGUUAAUAGAUACUACUAUGAAAGUGCUGCACAUGGAAAUUGUUUGGGUGGGACAGACUCACAUGGAAGUGUCCUCAUGAAACAGUGUUUCUCCCCAAAAGUGUUUCUCCCCAGUGAGCAUAAGGGCUCUGCCUGAGUUGUGUUCAGCUGCUGUGAAACACCUGUGAAAGUUUUUAAGAUAAUAUUUGCCAGUUCACCAUAAACGUGUUGUAAAAUAUGUGCUUCAUUCUGAAGUUCUUUGAAGAGUGCUUGCAUGCUACAUGAAACACUAUCACAAAGAAUAGCUAAGAAAAAUACAGCUCUAAGAACAUCUAAACGUACACAAAAUUGAGAACACAAUUAGAGUUCAGGUGUCACAGAGCAAAGUAAGUGUUGCUCUCUGCCUGGAUUUGCAGUAAGAGCCAAUCUACUUCAGAAACAUUGCAGCAGAAACAUUCGUACUAGAGAAAAUAAACAUCAGUUCUCUUAUUUAAAUGAGCCUGUCUUUAGCAUAACUUAAAUGCAUAUUUACAGGGUUUUUAUUAUAUGAGUAAGUAACUGUGACCACUGCAUUAAAGAUGAUUCUACAAAGAAAUUACUUGCUUGAAAUCUGUUAAAAACCAGCUGUGGUACUAAAGAAAUAAUGUCAGUACUUGGAUGUGUAUAAGGGAUCUUGGUGGUUCACCUGAGAGCAGUUAAGAAAUCAGCUGAGAAUCACUUAUUAAUUCUUUAAGAUAAAACUACUAAAGUUUACCUGAAUGUAAUCAUAUCCUAAUUGCUUAUUCAUUCAAGCAGUCCUAUUUUAAUCAGCUACUCAUGAGUAUAAAACAAGCAGGGAGUUUACUUGAGGUUUUCAAAAUGCAUUUUCAUGUUGCUACUAAUAGAGGAAUGCUCAAAAAUAGUUUGGCCUUUUUUUUUUUGCCAUUAGUGAGCUGAAUAGUCAUUAGAAGUUUCUUUUAAAAUGGGGGGGGUGGGGAGGUUAAAUAAACUCUUUUUAAAGAGAGGGAAUAAAAGGGCACAAAUGGCUUGGUUUUAAUAAAUGUUUAAAUUUUAA